GGUGCGACAACGGCUUUGUUUUCAAGGGCUAUCAGUUACAGCGAUAAACGGUGCUUGAACCUCCGACUGAUCGAUGCCAUACGGUGCUGGAAAGAAAACCAGUCUCUCGUCACGUAUUCUGUUCAAUGGUACACCACUUCUACACUUCCAGUCCUAUUAUCACUCGAGCUAUUUGAUCGCAAGCGUUUUCUUUAUCUUCUAAAAGAUACGAUUGCCGCGAUAGCCAGAUACCAACUGAGAAAUCUGUGCAGUGUCCGCCAGAGCUGUCGUCCCCAGGUCCUCCGGGUCGGAGUGUCGAGUGAUGUUGAGUCUCAUUGUAAUGCAAAUACUCAACCCGACCUACCUUCCUACUACUAGCAAACUACCAGGUUACUCAAUAGCAAUUAAACUCCUAGACGCACAAUACAACCAUGGUUGAUCUCAACGACGAGCAAAUUGGAGAGCUUAAGGAUGCAUUCUCGCUCUUUGACAAGACUGGCAAGGGAUAUAUCGAUGCGGAUAUUGUAAUCGAUGUUCUACGUGCAGUUGGGCUGAAUCCACAGAUCGAUGACAUCAAGAAGACCGAGAAAGAGCUCGGUACAAAACCAGUGAGCUUUGAUUCCUUCCUCUCCCUCUACGUGUCGUACAGUAAAAAACCUCAAGGAGGAAUGGAGGAGUUUAUCGAGGGACUGCGAGCGUUUGACAAUAACAGCGAUGGCACGAUGAGUUCAGCACAACUCCGUAACUUACUCACAAGUCUCGGUGACACUCUGACUCCCGACCAGGCGGAUGCCAUUGUAGCACUACAAGACAACCACGGUACCAUCGAAUAUGAAAAACUUGUGGACAAAGUGAUGGCUAACUGAGGUACUUUUGGACAUCACGUAGGGAUAUACGAGUACACGAGUCGUCCAGACAAUAUUAAAACCCGUUGUUUUGAGACGGUAUUUACAAGAACAUGUACCUCUUUAUAUCAAGAACAUUUACAACUCGCUUCCAUACCAUCCUAGCUUACUUAGUUCAAUUCUUUUAUAUCGCCUUGACUUUUGUAAUUUUGUGCAUAGUCAAAUAUUAAAAUUGUAUCGCCGACCUUA